AUGAUCUAUAAGCAGUAUAUUCACUGUAAGGUGAGUUAUGGUACUUAUUCUAUGUUAUGUUCUUUCAUUUAUGGGUCUUAUCUGCCUAAUGAGAUAGUAGAAUUAUGGGAUGGGUUAAUGCAAUUCAGUCAAAAUGUGAGAUGUAGCUGGAUUGUUUUAUGGGACUUUAAUGCAGUGAUGAGUAAUAGAGACAGAAUUGGGGGGAUGGAUGUGGAUGAAACUGCUGCUUCUGAGUUUAAAAACUGCAUUAUUGACUCUAAUCUUCUAGAGUUAAAGUUCAAUGGUAUAGAUUUUACCUGGUCUAAUAACCAGUCUGGUCAUGACAGAAUCUGGAGAAAAUUAGAUUGGUGUUUUGUGAAUGAUUACUGGAUGGAAGAGUGGACAGAGUCUUACUGUGAGAAGAGGUCCCCUGGUAUCUCUGAUCACCCCCCCCAAUCAUUGUUCAUCUGA